GUAGGCUAUCCUUGAAUGAUUACAACUUUUGGAUCUUGACAACUUCACCUUUGUUGACAUGACUUUACCGUUGUUGACAUAAACGUGCAUUAUUAUCAAUACAAGUUUUCAUUGUUGGAGAGCUGGUAAAGCUGACGUCACGUCCAUUCCUUGAAGUGGAGCUGAAUAAACCUUGAGCAGAGACUCCUUCAAUCUGCUGGUAGUAACUAACACACACAUACGCACGGAGACUCAAUUACUGCCCAGUUCCACUCUUGAUCAUCUCCAGCUACCGGUCUAAAACAACACCAAUUCCUCAAUAUCAAGAAGAAGGAAAAGAUCCAUUAGGCUAUAUGAAGACAUAAUAGAGUCCACCGGAGUACAUAACGUCAGAUACGUACAACCGUCAACAGAAGAUAUGGAGUCUGGAGAGCGGCUAGCCUCCCCGUCUGCGGCCCCAUCCUCCCUGCUCAGCGCCCCAGCCGCCUCCGCCACCGCGGCUGCCACCGCCUCGCCCCCCAACCCCCCCUCCAAGAGCAGCCUGGCCGCCAGCCCCGCUACCCUGGGCUCCACUCUCACCACCUGUGGGCACGUCUUCCGAGCUGGAAGUGAUCAGCCUUUCACUCUCUCAAGUGCCUUCCCUAUGGUCAGCCACCCCGCCUUCGGCCUUCACACCAGCAGCACGGGCCGCUCUGAGUUCGGAGGCCUGGGCUCCCUGGGCAUGUCGGCGGCCUUGCCAGCCCAUCAGCUCGCCAGCUUCCCAGAGUGGUGGCGUGCCUCCGAGGCUCAUGGCCGGGUGGCUGCUGCUGCGUUCUUCCCUCCUCUCCUCGGUCUGCCGCCCCUGUUCACCCCUCCGGUCCAGAGCCCGGACCCCAGCGGCCCCUUCCAGUCCCGCACCCCCACCAAGAACGGACGCAACUCCUCCAAAGGGGUAAACGGCACCAUCAAUGGGAGUGGAGGUUUGGUAGGCUCUGGAGGGGGAACGUCCUCUACCCCCUCCGCCACCGAGCCCACGAAGGCCCCCGGCUCGUCACCCCGGAGCCGGAAGAGUAACCAGGAGCUGGGCCACACAGCGGAGAAGCUCAUCCAGAAAUCUAAAGAGAAGAAACUCCGCAAGAAAGCGGCGGAAAUCUCUAGCAACAGCAACAGCGACAGCGAAUCGGCAUCCUCCUCCGACAGCUCCAGCGAUGGCGUGAGCAGCAGCGACUUAGACGACCUGGAGGAGGACGACGACGACGAAGACGACGACGACGAUCAGAGCAACGACAGCGAGGACUCCGACCUGGAGAAAGAAAGGCCAGUCAGCAGGAAGGUCAAGUCGCUGAUGCGGAGUCUGUCAGAGAAUCAAAAGGCCACCCUUCCUCACGCGGCCUGUGACAGACCCAGCCAAGACCAGAGGGGGGGCGCCCAGGCGUGCAGACCUCCAGCUGAGGAGGGCCCUCUCUCUGCCCGCUACCCCCUGCAGUCCUCCCCUCAGUCCUCCGGCUUGCACCAGCCCCCGGCCCUUCUCUUCUCUGGCUCCAGGCCCAGGGAGGAGAGCCCCAAGCAGCACCGGAGCGUCAUCCAGGCCACCGGGCUGGCGGCCAGCGCCAAACCCCUGGCACUGGUCACCCAGUCCCGCAAAGAGGCUUCGCCGGUCCCCCUGGUGUCCUCGACCAAGCAGCCCCGGUCGCUAUCUUCCUCGCCCAAGCCGCUCAGCCUGUCCUCCUCGCCCAAGCCGCCGUCCGUCUCCUCCUCGUCCCCCAAGCCGCUCUCCCUCUGCUCGUCCCCUAAGCCGUUGUCUCUCUCGUCCUCGCCCCGGCCGCCCUCGCUGUCAUCCUCCCCGAAGCCCCCGACUCUCUCCCCUCCACACAAAACCAAAGCUUCGACUGCGUCCCCCAAACCCCCAGUGCUGUCCGAUAGCUUCAAUGCCAGCAGUCGCAGCUUCCUGGACGAGACCCUCUUACAAAUCAACAACUUCAAAAUGAGACAGCCUUUCCUCUCCCAGGAGCACUUCAAACGGGCCUUCUCCCUGCAGCAGAAGAGCCAGCAGGAGUUAUCGUCGUUGUCGCAGAAGAACCAGAAAAAGUUCUUCUCCUCGCUGCCUCCUCUCAAUUUCUCCACUUUAGAAAGCCUGUCCGGUGCUGGCCACAGUCUCCUGUCUCCCUACAGCGGCCACUCCAACCUCUUCCUGGCCGGCACGUUGCUGGGCCAUCCGUGCUCGCCGCAGCCCAACGGGGUCAUCCAAAGUGCCGUGCAGGAGGCCCCCCUGGCGCUCAUCACCAAGCCCCGCGGCCACAGCCGCACCCCCGACAAGCCCCUGCUGGCUGCCACCAGCCCCGCCUUCUCCACCCCCGUCAACCUCACCACGGGGGCCCGGGAACACUCCCUGUCAGCUUCGUCCUCUGCUUCGGCCUCGGCCACAGCGGGGGUGCUGGGCCCGGCCACGAGCUCGCCCAGGCCCCGUAAGGGCAAGCCCACCAAGGUGACGAUGGUGGCGGCGGCGGGGCCGAGUCCCGGGCAGCAGAGCCACCUGGUGCAGUCGCUGGUGGACCUGUUCCGGGGGACGGAGUCGGACAUCCCCAGCAGCAAGGACUCCAACGACUCGGCCGAGGAUGUGGAGGACUGGGAUGAUGAUGAUGACGACGACGAUGAUGAUGAAGACGAAGAUGACGACGACGAUGAAAUCUCUGAUGACAGCCAAUCAGACUCCGAGAGCAACCUGAGUGACACGGACGCGUCCGAGGGGCUGAAGGAGCGCAGUGAGACCGCCACCACCGACACCGAGGCGGAGAGGACUCCGCUCAAACUAACCAAAGCCUCCGCCCUGCUCAGCUCCUCCUCGGGCCUGUCUACCAGCAUGUCCCCGCUCAACCUGCAGGUCAUCAAAACUCCCAGCAUGCACACCAACACUCUCAUGACCAGCGCCGCCAUGUUGGCCUAUCACAACAUGCCGUCGUCCUCGUUUAAUUUCAGCCCUCCCUCAGGCUCAGGAGGGAAGAGGAAGAGAGUGACAGAUGAACGGGAGCUGAGGAUUCCUCUGGAGCUUGGGUGGCAGAGGGAGACCCGCAUCAGGAAUGUAGGCGGGCGUCUUCAAGGAGACGUGGCGUACUACGCUCCCUGUGGCAAGAAAAUGCGGCAGUAUCCAGAUGUUGUUAAAUAUUUGGCCAGACAUGGAAUAUGUGAUAUCACCCGUGAUAACUUCAGCUUCAGUGCAAAGAUUAAAGUUGGUGACUUCCAUGAAGCCAGAGAGGGACCGGAGGGCUUGCAGUGGGUGCUGCUGAAGGACGAAGAGAUCAUUCCCAGAGUCUUAGCCAUGGAGGGGAGACGCGGGCGUCCCCCCAACCCAGACCAGGACCAGGAGCAGCAGCAGCAGCAGCAGCUGUCCCCGGGCGAAGGCUCCCAUGGCAGGAAGGGGCGCAGGAAGGGGCGCCCUCCCAACGUUGGCGGGGAAAACCUCCCAAGCCCCACCGAUGCCAAACUCCUUCGCAAGCUUGAAGCUCAAGAAAUUGCACGGCAGGCAGCCCAGAUCAAAAUGAUGCGGAAGCUGGAGAAGCAAGCCAUGGCCCGGGCCGCCAAGGAGGCCAGGAAACAGCAAGCCAUCAUGGCAGCGGAGGAGAGAAGGAGGCAGAGGGAGCAGAUGAAGAUUCUCAAACAGCAGGAGAAGAUCAAGCGGAUUCAGCAAAUUCGCAUGGAGAAAGAGCAUCGGGCGCAGCAGAUUCUUGAGGCCAAGCGGAAGAAGAAGGAGGAAGUAGCCAAUGCCAAAAUACUGGAGGCUGAGAAACGCAUUAAGGAGAAGGAGAUGCGCCGACAGCAGGCAGUCAUUCUGAAGCACCAGGAGUUGGAGAGGCUUAGACUAGAUAUGGUAUGGGAGCGGGAGAGGAGGCGGCAGCACAUGAUGCUGAUGAAAGCUGUGGACGCUAGGAAGAAAGCAGAGGAGAGGGAGCGCUUGAAGCAGGAGAAGCGCGACGAGAAGCGCUUAAACAAGGAGCGGAAAUUGGAGCUGCGCAGGCUGGAGCUGGAGAUGGCCAGGGAGCUGAAGAAGCCCAAUGAAGAUAUGUGCCUCGCCGAUCAUAAGCCUCUGCCCGAGUUCUCCCGCGUGCCUGGCCUGCUCCUGCCCGGCGCCACCUUCGCCGAGUGCCUGAUGGUGAUGCAGUUCCUGCGCAGCUUCGGCCACGUGCUAGGAGUGGAGCCGGCGGCCGACGUGCCGGGGCUGGGCGCGCUGCAGGAGGGCCUGCUCAACGCCGGCCCCGGGGCCCGGCUGCUCCAGGGCCUGCUGGUGCGCAUGCUCACCGCCGCCGUCUCUGACCCCGGCCUGCCCCCCGGACACAGGGCCAAGACGGCCUUGGGGGAGCACCUGACCAACGUCGGCAUCAACCGGGACAACGUGUCGGAGAUCCUGCAUAUCUACAUGGAUGCCCACUGCGGUCCGCUGCAGACGGAGCUGGCCGCGCUGGCACAGAGCCUGAAGACCAAGGCCUUCCAGUCGCACACCCCGGCCCAGAAGGCCUCCAUCCUGGCCUUCCUGGUCAACGAGCUGGCCUGCAGCAAGAGCGUGGUCAGUGAAAUUGACAAAAACAUCGAUCACAUGACAAACUUGAGGAGAGACAAAUGGGUGAUUGAGGGCAAGCUUCGCAAGAUGAGGAGUAUCUACGCCAAGCGCACGGGAAAGAGGGACAGCAACAUCGGCGGGGAGGAGACCCCGUCCACGGGCACGCCCACGGCAGGCCGCAAGCGCAAGAGGAAAGGAGGGGACAGCGACGAGGACGAGGACGAAGAUGAGGACAGCGAGGACCAGGGGGACGAGGAUGACGAAGAGGAUGAUGAUGUGGGAAAGAAAGGGAAGAAAGUGGAGACCUGUGACGACGAGGAUGAAGUGGAUCAGAUUGCCACUGUAGAGGAACUGGAGAAACAGAUAGAGAAACUAUCAAAGCAACAGAUCCAGAUCCGGCGUAAAUUGUUUGAGUCUUCCGGUUCGCUGCGCUUCAUGAUGUUCGGGCAGGACCGCUACAAGCGUCGCUACUGGGUGCUGCCCCAAUGCGGCGGCAUCUUCGUGGAGGGCAUGGAGAGUGGAGAAGGAGCCGAGGAGCUCGAGCGGGAGCGUGGGAGGAAGGCAGAGCAGGUGCAGGUGAAGGAGGAACCGAUGGAGGAGGAGGAGGAGGAGGCGCCCGAGGAGAUGCCGCUGAGCUCCAGCCCCGAGGUCAAGCAAGAGUGUGAGACGCCGACCCCCGAGCAGCAGGCCGAGAAGGACUCCCUCAACCUCUUCCUGCAGAAGCCCGGCUCCUUCUCCAAGCUCAGCAAGCUCCUGGAGGUGGCCAAAAUGUCUCCUGAGCCGGGCAGCCCUUCGCAGAGCCACAGCGGCAGCCCCACCGUGGGCGCCAUGUCCACGGGCUCCCCCGUCAACACGCCGACUACGUUUCCCAGCAGCCCCUCGGCCGCAUCCGCCCAGCCCGCCCCCAUGGAAGCCAAGCCGGACCUGAGCGCGGUGCUCCCGCUUCUCGCCGGCGCCCCUUACCUCAACGGCCCCGGCAAGGGCUCCGGCUACCCCCAGGCCCUCCUGCCCAAUGACCAGCUCUUCCGGGUGCUGACUGAGAAGAGUGGCCACUGGUUCAGUCUGCUGCCCCGCUCCCCCUGCGACAGCUCCUCUCUGACGGCGAGCCCCACCCAUCCACCAGCACCGCAGGCAGCCACCUCCACCUCCCCCACCCAGCACGCCUCGGGUGCCCUCAGGCCCAAAUCCCCCUCGUCUCUGUCCCCUAACCCCCCACCCGCCGCCUCUUCCUCCUCCACCUCCGCCUCUCCAAGCCCCUGCAACCCCGGCGGCUCCACCUCGGCGAUCAAUAACUUCCCAUUAUCGCCUCUGCAGCUCCUAUUUCCACAGGUGAAGUCAGGCAUGAAUUUAAUGGGGAUGCCCUACUGCGGGUGGCCUGGGGCCAUGAUGAGUCCAAACAUGCACUUCCCAGGCAGCGGCCCUCUGCCCUCCUUGAUGGGCAUAGGGUACCCGUUGGCAGAGGGCAACGGCAACCCCUUCCUGACGCCCAGCGCGGCCACUAGUAAGAGUGAGUCUCCGGGCCCCCUCAGCGACAAGCUGCCCUCCGCCCCCUCCCCUGCUGUGGAGGUGGCCAAACCGCAGGACUACCCCUCCCCCCUGCCCAUACCAGAGGAAAUGCUCACUGGCUGGAGGAGGGUGGGGGACCUGGAGGAGCUGCGCUGCCUGGUGAAGGCCCUAAACAGCCGGGGCAUCAGGGAAAAGGCCCUGCAGAAGCAGUUCCAGAAACACAUGGACUACAUCCUUCAGUCCUGCGCCAAGCACAGAGAGGUGUCAGUGAUCGACGUGGCAGAGCUGGAGGAGAACCAGGUGACUGAGGAGACGCUGGAGAGCUGGUGUGUGGAGGAGCAAGCCAUGGAGGUGGACAUCACCGUGCUCCAGCAGGUGGAGGAGCUGGAGAGGAAGGUCACCUCGGCCAGCCUGCAGAUCAAGGGCUGGAUGUACCCCGAGCCACAGUCGGAGCAGGAGGACCUGGUCUAUCACGAGCACAAGCUUGUGGCCAAGUUGAGCCCGGUGGGCGGCAAGGCCACCGGCGAAGAGCGGGGUGGUGAGCGGCCGGACGGCAGCGUUGGCGGCAUAGCGCGGCGCCCCAACAACCCGCUCGAUAUCGGCGUGGCUCGACUGGCCGAGCUGGAGCGCAACAUCGAGCGAAGGUACCUGAAGAGCCCCUUAAGCACCACCAUUCAGAUCAGGCUGGAUAAUGUGGGUACAGUCACAGUCCCUGCUCCUGCACCAUCCAGUAGUGCUGAUGGUGAUGGUGGUCAAGAGGACGUGGCGCCAGGCAUGAAGCUGUGGCGGAAGGCCCUGGGAGAUGUCCGCAGCGCUGCCCAGCUUGCCCUCUGCAUCCAGCAGCUCCAGAAGUCCAUCGCCUGGGAGAGGUCCAUCAUGAAAGUGUUCUGCCAGAUGUGCCGCAAGGGGGAUAACGAGGAGCUGCUGCUACUGUGCGACGGAUGUGAUAAGGGCUGCCACACUUACUGCCACCGGCCCAAGAUCACCAUCAUCCCCGACGGAGACUGGUUCUGCCCGGCCUGCAUUUCAAAGGCGAGUGGUCAAUCCCCGAAGAAUAAGAAGCUGCAGAGCCGAGCCACAGCGGGAGCAGGGGGAGCAUCCGGCACAGCAGGAGCAGGAGGAGGAGGAGGAGGAGGGGGAGCAGCAGGAGGAGGAGGAGGAGGAGGAGGAGGAAACGGCGGAGGAGGGGGUGGAGGAGGGAGGAAGAGCACUGAGGUGAAGAGGAACAGGAAGCCGUCCGUGGCGGGAGAGGCCUCUGAGGAGGACACAGCGAGCACCAGCAGCAGCACUCCAAAGAAAGGAGCGAAGGAGGCCAAGAAGAGGAAAGCUGAGGAGAGCCCGGCCACAGCCCAGCCAAGGCAAGACAGCCCUGUGAGCGCCAAGAAAGGGAAGACUGCCGUCGUGGUCCAGGACAACGAGAGAGACCUGACUUUGUGCAGGAUGCUUCUGGCUGAGUUGGAGAGCCAUCCGGAUGCUUGGCCUUUUCUGACCCCUGUGAACAGCAAGACUGUCCCCGGCUACAGGAAAGUCAUUAGGAAGCCCAUGGACCUCUCCACCAUUAGGGAAAAACUUGCCAAUAACCAGUACCUGAACCUUGAGACUUUCAUCAUCGAUGUCAACCUCAUUUUUGACAACUGCGAGAAAUUUAACGAAGACAAUUCUGAAAUCGGUCGAGCGGGACACAACAUGAGGAAGUUCUUCGAGAAAAGAUGGCCCGAACUGUUGAAGCAAACAAACUAGACUUGAUUUUUGUUUUGUUUUUUCUUACUUGAUUCUCCUCACAAAGGACCAGCUUCUGCUACAGCUGAGCUGAGCACUUCCGAGAACAUUGGUCCAGAGCAAUGAGUCCCUCUCGUCCUCCUUAGGCACCAACUUGUGGAGCAGUAGAUCCAGCCAGCUGGAUGGACACUAAUGUGCACUGCAGCUGUGAUGGGAACAGUCUGAGGCACCCAACCAGGUCCAGGUGACUGGAUGUCUUCUAGUGCAAUACCAUUUCCUCUAAAAAAAUCAAAAAAAAAACAAUAAAAAAAAAACAAGCAAACAAAAACAAAUACAGCACUGAAACUACUACCAUCGGAACUGUGGGCUGAUAGCCCUUCACUCUGUAAAUAGAUUUCUUUUUGUUUUCUCUUCUUCUUUUUUAAACUUUGCAAUUAAUAUUACAGUGAAUGUAUUUAAUUCUUAUGUUAAUUAUUUAUGAGUAAAAUUGUUCUGUCUUUCAUUUUCUAUGAAAAGGAAAAAAAAAACGGCAAAAAUGCUUUAAAAUAGCAGAGGAAUGUUUUUCUUUUAAAAAAUUAAAAUAAAGCCAAGACAAGUAAUUGUUUACACUUUUCUGUGCUCCUGGGCAUCAGAUGAUACAAAAAAAGAAAAACUGUAAAGAUCUGUAUUGGUGUAGAAAUGUAUGUUUGUAUCUUCCUGACUAAAUACAAUGACCUCUGUACAUACUUGUCCAUUAUUGUCAAUAUUCCAUCGCGUUUUGGGAUAUGUAGAGGUGUACAUAUUGUUUCAAAUGUCAGAUCUUGUUUAUGCCUUAGUACGACUGUAGGAUUUUACCUGUCUUCAAGUGAUGAUGCUACAGUAUUAGACAAUAUUUGCUUGUACUGAUCAUAUCCUCUGCAAACACUGUGGUCUCCCUCAUUUCUGGUAGUGCCUCGCCUCUCUAGAGUGUAUGGAGGAGUGUCCAUUCACUUACACAUCAUUGUGUACUCCAUGGAUAAUUUGUUUGCUCUCCUAACCUCCUGAGCCCCAAACUCGGACAUGGAUCUUCGUAGACACAGCUUUCUUGCAAGGCACAGCAUUUUCCGCAGAGCAUCCACUUGGCCCUGCCUUCACAUAAACAUACGGGCACUAAGCAUUCGUCACUGUGUUGGAACUUGCUGUGUCGUGGCCCGCCGGGGCAGGUAGAACAGUCUUUUUGUACCGGAGUCAGAGUACUUGAAGUUAUUUUAUUUAAAUAUGUUGUGAGGAAAUGUAGCAUUCUUUUUGUAGGAGCAUUAUUUUUCACUAGUGUGUGCGUGCGUGUGUGUGGCACGGAUCAAAUAAAACGAUGUUUUAAACUCA